AUGCUAAAGACGAUAACUAUCUUCUUGUUUGGCAACAUUUUCAGUUAUGAGGGUGGCCAGAGAAAUGCUACUUUAGACAACACCUUUUACAUAAGGCGCGGAAAUUGGAAUAUUAAAGCCGAUGAGAUUGUAUUGUCUGUUUUCAUCCCCUUUUCCAAAAAGAAUGAAUUUGUGUUCGGAUACAAGCAGGCACAGCGCAGAGAAAAUGCAGCAGCAAUAGUGAACGCUGGGAUGAGAGUCCUAUUUGAAGAUGAUACCGAUAUUAUUAAAGAAAUGUCAGUUGCCUUUGGUGGCAUGUCUGAAACAUCUUCGUUGGCCCUAACAACAUCUAGGGGAAGUGUUGGAAGAAAAUGGGAAGAUCAGCUAACAUUAGAUGUAGUCCAAUGGCUGGCGGAAGACUUCCCAUCACCACCAGAGGGCAUUAGUGGUCAGAUGCCCUACAAGAGAGCAUUGGCUUGCAGUUUCUUUUUCAAGUUUUUCCACAGGGUGCAAUUAGAAUUGCGCAAAGGGUCUGGGAUGGAAGAUGCAACAGUAUCACCCCGUCAAACACUUCCCAGUCUGACACGUAGUAUCAGCCGAGGUACACAGGUGUUUGAGGAAGUCCCUCCUGACCAGCCAAAACACGACGCAGUUGGACGCCCACUGCAGCACAAGGCAAGCUUGCAACACGCCACCGGAGAAGCUCAAUAUUGUGACGACAUGCCACUGGUUGACGGUGAGUUGCACUUGGCAUUGGUGACCAGCACCAGAGCCCACGCCAAGAUCCUCUCCAUUGACACUAGUGAAGCACUUGCUUUGCCUGGAGUAGAGGCCUUCUUUGGCCACAAGGAUGUACCAGGUUCCAAUAUAAGGAUAGUUCUGUCAUCUGGGGAGGAGAUUUUUGCUUCAGAGGAGGUGACGUGUUACGGCCAGGUGAUAGGUGCCAUAGUGGCUGACACCAAGACGCAUGCGCAGAGAGCAGCGAAGGCCGUAAAAAUUGAGUACGAAGACCUUCCAACAGUGUUCACAAUAGAGGAAGCAAUUGCCAAAGAGUCUUACUACCCACACGAAGCGAAGGCCCUCAUCAAGUCAGGUGAUACAGAACGUGGCUUUGAGCAGGCUGACCACAUCUUAGAGGGGGAGAUCAAAGGAGGGGGGCAGGAACAUUUUUAUCUUGAGACUCACGUGGCGAGAGUCGUACCUAGAGGAGAAGAUGGAGAAAUUGAAAUAUUUUGUAGUACGCAGUCUCCGUCGACUGCUCAGGCAAUUGUUGCUAGAGCCCUUGGCUUACCGAUGAACAGAGUGUGUAUCAGGACAAAAAGGCUAGGUGGGGGUUUUGGAGGAAAGGAAACCCGUUAUGUGACUCUGAUACCAGUAGCUAUCGCUGCUUUCAAGUUGAACCGCCCAGUCCGUGGUAUGUUGGAUAGAGACGAGGAUAUGCUGAUAUCAGGGGGACGACAUCCUUUCCUUGGAAAGUACAAGGUUGGCAUUGACAGCGUUGGUCGUUUCAAAGCCUUGGAGGCCACAGUUUUCUUGAAUGCAGGAAAUACUUCUGAUAUGUCACCGGAAGUCGUCAGUGCAUCACUAUACUGUUUUGACAACUGUUACCAUAUUCCAAACAUUGUACUAACUGGUAUCCUGUGUAAGACCAACUUGCCCUCAAACACGGCAUUCAGGGGGUUUGGUGCCCCUCAGUCAAUGCUGGUCAUGGAGAAUAUAAUUGAAGAUGUCGCCGUCAGUCUGAAUAUUCCCUCACACAGGGGGGCAGCACUUGUUCAUGUGUACCAAGAGGAUGGUUCAGUUCUGAUAACACAUGGUGGUGUAGAGAUGGGACAAGGAUUACACACUAAGAUGAUACAGGUUGCCAGUCGAGCAUUACAGGUCCCAGUCCACAAGUUCCACAUCAAUGAAACCACCACCAGCUCUGUUCCUAACACCACUGUCACAGCUGCCAGCACAGGAUCGGAUCUCAACGGCAUGGCUGUAUUGAAUGCAUGUAAGACGUUAAGACGCCGACUUGAGCCGUAUAUAGCCGGUAAUCCUGGUGGAUCAUGGGAAGAUAGGGUUAAAGCUGCCUAUAUGGACAGAAUCAGCCUGUCUGCAACAGGUUAUUACAAGGUCCCAGAUACCUGGGACGAUAACUAUGUACCCGUAGAAGGACAGCAAACCACGCAGAGGUACUACACAUACGGCGCUGCUUGCUCCGUGGUUGAAAUAGAUUGCCUAACCGGAGACCAUGUGUCUGUAGUAUUUAUUUACCUAUUGUCAUGCAAUAGCGUAACGGACCAGGCGUCUAGCCUAAAGUCAAAGAAGAGUAAAUAUAUCCUGGCGUUCUACAAAUAUCUCUAUAUAACAUCUAAGGUGCUGCGAACAGAUAUCGUUAUGGAUGUUGGAAGAAGUUUGAAUCCAGCCAUUGAUAUUGGACAGAUAGAGGGAGCCUUUGCGCAGGGCUAUGGGUUAUUCACCAUCGAACAACUGAGAUACUCUUCUGAGGGAAGACUGAUAACUAAUGGUCCAAACACAUACAAGAUCACUGGUUAUGGAGACAUCCCCGUUGAAUUCAAUGUGUCUUUACUGAAAGGUGCUUCCAAUCCCAAAGCAGUAUAUUCUUCCAAAGGUAUAGGUGAACCCCCUUUGUUCCUGGCGUCCUCAGUGUUCUUUGCCAUCAAGGAUGCCAUAUCGUCUGCUAGAGCCGAGUCCGGUUUGAAAGGGAGGUUCCGAUUGGACAGUCCAGCCACAGCUGAGAGGAUCAGGAUGGCAUGUGAGGACCAGUUUACACGCCAGCCUUAUUCUAGUUUGCGGGGUCUCCCUCUCCUAGACUUCAUCCGGCCAAACUUUAACUGUGUAAAAUAA